CCUGGUAAGUAUAAAAGCGGCGAUGCCCUCCCGCUGGUGUUAGUAUUUAGAACAUUUUUAAGAUAACGCUAUUUAUUAUUAUCCAACGCUGGUUUAAUCGACUCGAAUUAAUUUGUACUUAUUGAAUAUGACGUCUAACGGUACUCAUACGUUCAACGGCAAUGGCGUUACGAAGAAUGGUUUUCACCACAAUGGAAAAGCGACGAACGGAGAGAAAAACGGCUGUAAUGAAAAUUCUACUAAUGAAAUGUCCUACUCCUACGAAGCUCUACAAGAAACGGCGGAUUAUUUAAAAAACAUUAUCCCAUUGGUACCCAAAGUCGGAAUAAUCUGUGGAUCCGGGCUGGGUGCGUAUUGGCAUGAAGGUACUCUAGCGGAUGCUUUGGACCAAAAAACCGAAGUCCCGUACGAAGUGAUCCCGAAUUUCCCGCCUAGCACGGUCAAAGGCCACGCGGGAGCCUUGGUGUUCGGGUACCUAUCGGACGUCCCGGUGGUGUGCAUGAAGGGCCGCUUCCACUACUACGAGGGCUACCCGCUGUGGAAGUGCGCCAUGCCCGUCAGGGUGAUGAAGCUGCUCGGCGUCACCCACCUGCUCGCCACCAACGCCGCCGGCGGGCUGAACCCCAACUACAAAGUGGGCGACAUCAUGCUGGUCAAGGACCACAUCAACCUGAUGGGCUUCGCCGGAAACAACCCCCUGCAGGGCCCCAACGACGAGAGGUUCGGCCCGCGGUUCCCGCCCAUGAGCCAGGCCUACGACAGGAAGCUGAUGAACCAGGCUAAGAAGAUCGCCAACGACUUGGGGCUGGGGGGUAACAUUCACGAAGGGGUGUACACUUGCUUGGGAGGACCGAAUUUCGAGACGGUGGCAGAACUAAGGGCCCUUAAAGUGCUGGGAGCCGAUACGGUUGGAAUGUCCACUGUACACGAAGUAAUCACGGCGAGACAUUGCGAUUUGACCGUAUUAGCUUUCAGUUUGAUAACCAACGAAUGCAUAGUCGAUUAUGAAACGCAAGAAAUGGCAAAUCACGAAGAGGUCCUCGACGUUGGAAAAAUGAGACAGGUCAUUCUGCAAAAAUUCGUAGGAAAGAUCGUCGAUUACAUUUCCACCAGUGAGAAUCAAAAGUGAUUAGAUUAACAGUGUAAUUUUAUUGAUGUCUUUUACAACGCGUUAUAAACUAUUUAUGUAAAGUUAUUUAAGUUGGUAGGAUAGAUUAAAAUAUAUUUUUUGUACGUGGAUAUUGUUGUAAGUUUUUUUUUAUUAAACAUCGUUAAAUAUU